AUGGCAGAAGAGGAAAUACAAUCAGUUGCAUGCUCUGUAUAUCCUGUUAAGCCUUUAGCAGCGAUGGGUAUUAGCGGCGACAAAACUAUCAGCAGCAACAGUCGUCGCUGCAAAAGGCAUCACCGCAAUUGCUAUGUACGACGUCUAUUUUACAUUAUGUCCAACAUUGCAAAGCUCGAGUUUGAAGCACUUGAAGUUAGUGGGAAAAACUAUGUGUCGUGGAUAAUAGAUAAAGUAAAAGCACAAGUUUUCCUUCGUAAGCAUAUUGAUGAAAUGCUGAGAUUUGAAUAUCUUGAUGUUACUGAUCCAAGUAUUCUCUGGAAUCUUUUGAAAGAAAGAUUUAAUCAUCAAAAGGAAGUUAUACUUCAAAAUGCUAGAGAUGAAUGGAGAACACUAAGGUUUCAAGAAUUCAAGAAAGUAAAUGAAUACAACUCAACUUUGUUCAGAAUAUGUUCACAACUCAAGUAUUGUGGACAAGAAGUUGCUGAUGAAGAUAUGUUGGAGAAAACAUACUCCACAUUUCAUGCAACAAACAUUACCUUGAUGCAACAAUAUUGGAUGCAAAAGUUCACAAGAUAUUCUGAACUGAAUGCAUGCCUGCUCAUUGCAGAGCAAAACAAUGAACUCUUAAUGAAAAACCAUGAAUCUCGUCCAAUGGGAUCAAUAGCACUUCCUGCAACAAAUGCUACAAAUAUUGAUGGUCAUCGAAACAAUACACGUGGACGAGGACGUGGUCGCGGUCGAGGACGUGGCCGUGAAUAUUUUAAUCGAAACCAAAGCCAUAAUCAGAACCAUAAUUAUGGUCGUGGACAAGGUAAUAAUUGUGGUCGUGGCCAGAAAAGGAAUAAUUACCAACAUUCACAAAGAAACAAUGUCCACACACAAUAUAAGGCCAAAGUGGCAAGGCAUGACACUGGGACAUCACAAAAAUCUGAUGGUUCAUGUUUUAGAUGUGGUAGCACAGGCCAUUGGUCAAGGACCUGUCGCACACCUGCACAUAUUUGUCAACUUUAUCAAGAGCCCAUUAAAGGAAAAGGAAAAGAAGCAAACCUCAUUGAUAAUGUUGAAAUCACUUCGCUAAAUGUUGUUGAUUUCUGCAAUGACAUGGAAGACAUAAACUAA